AUGAGUGCACUUAAUGUUGAGCAAGUGCUAACCGAAAGCGUUGAAGGCCAGCCUGAGCCGGUGGGCGUCUCGGUUUCUGAAAUUUCACACAACUCGCGUUUGGAGGCAUACAGCAAACCUCAAAAUGAUCACACUUUUUCUAAUAUGACACAUCAACCAAAAACAGUCUCCGAGGUCCACCAAACUAAGGAGAGCCAGCCCACGCCUGCAGCCGACUGCUUACCUCUUGUUUCCAACGCCCCUCCAGGCCAACCAAGUGAUCAAAGAAGCUUCUCUGCGGCCCCUAAUCCUCAUGAAAGUCAGCAGGAUUUGACCCAUGAAGGCAUUCCUCAGCCUGUUCGCCCUCACCAAUCUACUCUGUCUGGUACAGAGCAUACCCCUGCCAUAUCGGUUGUUCCCUCGUCUCCACUAACACCGGGUGCACCCCCUAACCCCAUGGUCUCGUCGGAGGUCCAUCGUUCGCUGGAACCAUCAAAUAUGUCGGCGGCUGAUCGCCGAGCUAGUCGAAGAAGAUCGGCAAUGGAUUCUUCUGCAAAUCAUCGGUUGUCCGGGUCUCACUCUCCUACGAGGGCAUUGGCGUCAAGUGUCCCUAGUUCACCCCUUCCGAAGCUAUCCGAGCCCCUCCCUCCCGCGUUUGAGUCACCAACACUUGCAGAGUUGGGACUAUCGCUCUCUGUCUUAACUGGGGACCUCCCAUCCCAUCAAUUCACUGCUCCCACGAACGGCACAUUCCUCUCUCCCCACUACUUGUUAUUAUGUCACUCCCAAGGUCUCGAUGUGCUGCCGUUGGUGUCGCCACCAAAGAUCCAACCUUAUGCACUG